AUGGCCGCCCCACACUCAUUCCGGGCUCUCUCCAGGCUAGCCUCGAGAUGCAGGCUCUUCAGCUCACAGCCACUGCAACCAUGCUCCGCUUGUCGGACAGUAUCCCGCCGCUUCCUCCAGACAGAAGCUACCCCACCACAACGCGUCCCCGAAUUCGCCUUCGCAUUUGACAUUGAUGGCGUCCUCGUCCGUAGCUCCGACCCUCUACCACGCGCCCACAAAUCCCUCUCCUACCUCCAGUCCCAGCGCAUACCAUUCAUCCUACUCACCAAUGGCGGCGGGAAGCACGAGUCGGAACGCGUGGACGACCUGAGCAGAAAGCUCAAGGUGCCUUUAGACACCAGCAUGUUCAUACAGAGCCACACGCCCUUCGCAGAUAUGGAUGAAUACAAGGACAAGGCGAUUUUAGUAGUGGGAGGCGACGAGGACAGAUGCCGCGUGGUAGCAGAAAAAUACGGCUUCAAGACAGUGGUAACACCCGGAGACAUCCUAGCAGCAUAUCCCGCAGUCUGGCCCUUCUCACAGCACCUUCUACCCUAUUACAGGCGAUUCACGCGCCCGCUCCCCGCGCCAAUCGACCCUUCCUCGCCCUCUACGUCCCUCAAGAUCGAUGCCAUAUUCGUAUACAACGACCCCCGAGACUGGGGUCUGGACACACAGGUUAUAAAAGACGUGCUGCUCUCCAAACAGGGCAUACUGGGCACGCUCUCCGAGAAGAACGGCGACCCUUCGCUACCGAAUAAGGGCUACCAGCAGGACGGUCAGCCACCACUGUACUUCUCAAACCCAGAUCUGCUGUGGGCGGCGAAAUACCACCUCCCGCGGUUAGGUCAAGGCGGCUUUCGCGCGGCGCUGAAAGGUGUCUGGGCAGACUUAACGGGUGGAGAGAAAAACGGCGUAGAGCUCAAGAAGAUAGUCAUGGGGAAACCGCAUAGGCCAACGUACGAGUUUGCCGAGAAGCGGUUGAUUUCGCACAGGAAACAUCUACUGCGGCAAUAUGACGGGAAAGUAGGACAUUUGAAGAGGGUGUAUAUGGUUGGGGACAACCCCGCGAGCGACAUCCUGGGCGGCAAUAGCUAUAGGAGUCCAUAUGGCACUGACUGGGUCAGUGUUUUGGUGCAGACGGGCGUUUAUGUAGAAGGCACGGAGCCCGCGUAUCGUCCUCGGAAAAUAGUGGGCGAUGUGUGGGACGCGGUCUGUUGGGCGGUCGCGCAGGAAGGCUGGAAGGUGUAAAUACCUACAUGCCGCCAUCAGCACGUUUUUACUAACGUCCCCUACGUUACGCAAAAUACUCCGUGCCGCAACAAAUCUAUCGUAGAAGCAUCUCAGCUCUCUUCCCCACGAUAUAUCAAGUCGUAGUUAUUAUGCUCCUCUUCUUUAGAGAAUUAUCCCAAAUAGCACGCUACAAGCAUCAAAACACCACUCACCCUAUGAAAGUCAAACGUUACACGACUCUGCCGGACUCCAUUGUUCU